GAUAGUUGGAGAGUGGUUUUUCUGCCGAGUGUGUCCCAGUGAGCUGGGCUGCAUAAUGUGCCAUUACACCCACGCUGGCAGUGUACGCUAACGAGUGUCUCUGGACGAUGGAGUGCAGCUCAGCAUGAGAUAGCAGCAUGUGCUGAUGUAUUCAUUCACUCCUCCUCUUCACCUUUCUCCUCCUCUGCCUGUCCGCUGAGAGCUCCUCAUCUCCAUCUUAUUACUCGCUGCUGUUUUGUGUUCUUUGCAGAAAACGCUGCUGCAGAGCUGAUCCCCGGGGAAAGAAACACAGGACGCCAUAUUUGAUUCCAUCAUCCAACUCCUCACAGCACGUAGCUGGGUGCUGUUCUCCUCCUCCUCCUCCUCCUCUUCCUCCUCGCCCCUCAUUGUGUUCUGAUCCUCUUUAUUGUUGGAAGUUGAGUCGCCACCGCUGGGUUGCCCGCUCCCUACUUCCUCCUCCUCUCCCUUCCUGCCAUGUCCAACGACAGCGGCGUCCUCCACGUCUGGGAGGCCUCCGAUUGGGCAGACACCUCUCAGUGCCCUCCCUCAGUAGGCGGGGCAACAUUCCUCAUCGUGGCAUACAGCGCUGUCAUUGCCAUUGGGUUGCUAGGCAACGCAGGUCUGGUGUUCAUCAUUGCCCGGCAACAGGAGUUGCGCAACGUCACCAACAUCCUGAUCGCCAACCUGUCGUGCUCCGACAUCCUUAUGUGCAUCGUUUGUCUGCCCGUCACCGUCAUCUACACGCUGAUGGAUCGUUGGGUGCUGGGGGAGGCCCUGUGCAAGGUGACGCCCUUUGUUCAGUGCAUGUCGGUGACAGUGUCGGUCUUCUCCCUGGUGUUGAUCGCUUUGGAGCGCCAUCAGCUGAUCCUCCAUCCCACUGGCUGGUCCCCCGCCGCGGGACACUCCUAUCUGGCUGUGGGGCUGACAUGGCUGGUUGCCUGCUUCAUUUCACUGCCUUUCCUCUCCUUCAACAUCCUCACCAAUGACCCAUUCCAGAACAUCAGCCUCCCUGCCAACCCCUUCAGGGAUCAUUUGAUCUGUAUGGAGCUGUGGCCGUCAGACAAGCAUCGCCUAGCCUACACGACCUCGCUGCUUAUCUUCCAGUACUGCCUGCCCCUUCUGCUGGUGCUCCUCUGCUACCUCCGGAUCUUUCUACGCCUGAGACGUCGCAGGGACAUGCUGGAGCGCAGCAGGAGGACUCGAGGAGCCCAGAGGAUAAACGUAAUGCUGCUAGCCAUCGUCAUAGCCUUUGCUCUGUGCUGGCUGCCACUGAAUGUCUUCAACACUCUGUUUGAUUGGCACCACCAGGCCCUCCCAGACUGUCAGCACGACACAGUCUUCUCUGCCUGUCACCUGACGGCGAUGGCCUCUACUUGCAUUAACCCCAUCGUUUACGGCUUCCUCAACAGCAACUUCCAGAGGGAGCUGAAGUUGACACUGCAACGCUGCCAGUGCGGCAACCGGGCUACAGAGAGCUACGAGAGCUUCCCUCUAUCCACCGUGGGCAGUGAGGGCAUGACCAAAGCAACGUCACUCAACAGGAUGGGCUCGAUGUGCAUCCCCUCACCAAGACCUGAGAUUGGUUCAGCAAUACUUGCCAAGACAUUACCAGCUGCCACCUAAAAUCAAGGACUAUGAGAACUGUCUUCUGACAGGUGGUUCAUCAGCGGUUCACAGCUGGAGGCAGUGUGCUAACAGCUGGCUGGGAUGGCUGUGUAAUCAAAUGCUGCUUCAUCUUGGCUUGGGUUCCAUCACUUCACUGCCAGAGAUAAACAGCUGAUUUGACCUGUCACCAAAUGUUUGGUGACAGGAAUGAAUGAAGAGGCUGAACGAUGCUGCUUUGAGUCCCGAACACGAGCAGGAAUCCUUGUUUAGAGUAACUCUACUGAGUGACAGAAGAGAGAGGAGGCAGGAGAGCUGGUAGCAGGGACUUUUCAGUAAGACACGCCCCUUAGUUACUAUAACUAGGGCUAUUAGUUUUAGCUUUUCUCGAAUGUUGUUUGAGUGCUGCAACCAGCCAUUCUACAGCAUGUCAAAAUGGCAACAUUCUAACGAUAUUCUAGUGUCAUAGACACAGUGGUGGGUUCUGUUGGUCAGUCUGUUGGUUGGACAGUCUGUCCACCAACAGACUGACUGACAGAACAAACAGCUAACCAAAAGACCAUACAACCAACAGACUAACAAACCAGCUGACCAAAAGACCAUACAACCAACAGACCAACCAAUGGACGGAGCAGCUGAUCCACAGACCGUCCACCCGACAGACCGACAAGCUGACCUACAGACUGUCCACCCAACAGACCAACACACUGACCAGCUGACCGACAGACCAUCCACCCAACAGACCGAACAACAGACCAAAAAGCUGACCCACAGACGGUCUAACCAACAGAUGGACUGACCAAUAGACCGACCAGCUGUUCAAAAGAUCGUCCAACCAAAGACUUUGGUGUUGAAAGAAGUGAAAUCAGCUCACCUAAUAGAGUGUCAGCAGCUGCAGCGCCAUAUUUUCUUCACAUUUUUCUACAGACAGAACCAGUGGCCCCUCCCACUCUGCAAUGAAGCAGGGGAUGUUGGUGGAACCAGGUUACACUGCUUUGAAGUUUUUUUUGUGCAAAGAGCUCAGCAGGAGCACAGACUGCUACUGCUGCUGAAAAAUGUACUAAAAACUGAAGGAAACUAACAAAAUCAAGUUUAAAAAAUGGUUCUAUUACCGAAGCCAAUGUGAGAUCUCUGGCUAUCUCUGCCAACAUUUACUGCCAAAAUUCUUUUGCAGUUCUUCAGUUUACUUUCAGACACAAAUUAUUUAGUGUUGCACACAGGUGUUGAUUUGAUGAGAUGAAAUGACGACUGUGACUGACAGUUGUAUAAAAUCACCUAGCAAUCGGGUUAACAUUUGAGACCAUUUUAAGUAGCUGAGUAAAAGCUGUAAAAGUUAGUAGUAGGUCCCAGGUAAAGUGUCAGCAUUUUUAUUAAUCCUUUAUUUAUCCAGGUAAAAAAUCUCACUGAGAUUAA